GAAUUUGAGACCAUUGAGACAUUGAGUGAAGUAGGUUAUCUUCAUUGUUGAAUCACUCCCGCCACUCCACACUCCACUCCGCCGUCUCCUCUGCUCUGCCCACCGCCGCCUUUCACGUCUCAAGGGCUUAAACCCUAAACCCUACCUGCCUCGCCGCCGCUAUAUAUAGAAAAAUUCGGUAAAACUUUCUUAAAUUUCCGAAUUUUGACAGUCCCCAUGCCUGUCAAGCUCUUUCCACAGCUCUGCCUUCUCAAUUCUUAUAUACCCAUUACCGCCUCUUCCGUAAUGAAGUCCAUCCCGCUUUCGAGACCUUCUCGGGCCAUACCCAUUUUGUCUCGGGUCUUCCCGUACAAGCUCAGGUACCGGCCUUUCAGGGUUGCGCUGGAGCUGCCAAUGUUAGAAGGCCAGUUUGGUUCUCGGAAAUUCUCGGCCCGGGCUGGGCGAGGAGGGGUCUCCCGGGGGAGGUCGGGCUCGGGCCAUGAGGUUCAGGCGCAGAAGAGUUUGAUUGAUGAUGAAGCUGACCUCAGUGAUUGGGUAAGCGGGUUGAGGUCUGACUCGUAUUUGAAAACUCGGGUUUAUAGCGAUAGUGAUGAUGAGAGUGGUGGGAAAGCUAGUGGGGGUAGUGGGAGAGAUGAGAGAGGUGGAAGGAGGGGGAAGGAGAGUGGUUUUGAUGAUUUACGUAGGUCUAAUAGGCAAGAUGUUGGCCAGAAUCAAAUGCCUCCAUCCUCUAGGAAAGGAGGGAGAUUUGGGAGUGAAGGUUCUAGGAAAGAAGGGAGAUUUGGGAGUGAAGGUAGAUCUGAUAGGCGAAAUGAGGGGCGUGAUAAAAUGCAACCCUUUGCUAGGAAAGAAGGGAGAUUUGGGAGUGAAGGUAGAUCUGAUAGGCGAAAUGAGGGGCAUGAUAAAGUGAAUACCUUUUCAAGGAGAGGAGGAAGGUCUGAGGGUGAAGGUAGAAGAGGGCAAAAGAGAGGUGCGGAAGAGAUUGCCUCGGGAUAUUGUAAGGAGAAGAGAGGAAGUGGUGGUGGUAUUGCCAAGAAAGGUGGAAGGGAGAUACGUGGAAAAUCUCUGGCUGUGUUAAGCGAAGAUGAUGAUGAAGAUGACAAGGACGUGGAGGAUAAUGGAUAUAAGCGGUUCAGUGAUUUGAUAGAUAGUGAGGAAGAGACUGAAGAAGAUUUGAUAGAUAGUGAGGAAGAGACUGAAGAAGAUUUGAUAGAUAGUGAGGAAGAGAGUGAAGAAGCUAGUGGUGAUGAUUCCUUUGAGAAAGAGACUGUUCUGUCUUCUGUGGGAAAUGAAAUUCGUUCACAACCCUCACCUCCAAGUUCACUGGUGGGAGGUGACUCAUACCUUAGUGAAACAAGGUUUGAUAAAUUUUCCCUCUCUCCUUUGUCGCUAAAAGGAAUCAAAGAUAUUGGAUAUGAGAAGAUGACUCUUGUUCAGGAGGCAACCUUUCCUGUUAUUCUGAAAGGCAAGGAUGUUUUGGCCAAAGCAAAAACUGGCACUGGCAAAACUGUAGCAUUUUUGCUCCCUUCAAUUGAAAUUGUUUUGAAAUCCCCUCCCGUUACUCGUGACCAAAAGCGACCACCAAUUCUUGUGCUUGUGGUAUGCCCAACUCGAGAACUUGCAAGUCAAGCGGCUGCAGAGGGUAACAAUCUGUUGAAGUACCACCCCACAAUUGGCGUUCAAGUUGUUAUAGGGGGUACAAGGCUUGCAUUGGAGCAGAAAAGGAUGCAAGCAAAUCCAUGCCAGAUUCUCGUGGCUACACCUGGAAGGCUUAAAGAUCAUAUUGAGAAUACAGCGGGUUUUGCAACUCGAUUGAUGGGGGUUAAAGUUUUGGUGCUUGAUGAAGCUGAUCAUUUGUUGGAUAUGGGUUUCCGUAGAGACAUCGAGAGAAUCAUUGCUGCUAUUCCUAAGCAGCGCCAGACACUUCUUUUUUCUGCCACAAUUCCACCAGAGGUCCGUCAAAUUUGCCAUGUUGCUUUGAAAAGAGAUCACGAGUUUAUCAAUACAGUUGAGGAGGGCAGUGAAGAGACACAUUCACAGGUCCAACAGAAGUACCUGGUUGCCCCUUUAGACAAACACUUUUCACUUCUUUAUUCCAUGCUGAGGGAUCAUAUAGCAGAUGAUGUCAAUUAUAAGGUUCUUGUCUUUUGCACGACCGCGAUGGUGACUAGACUCGUUGCAGGACUUCUUGGUGAGCUUAACUUGAAUGUUCGGGAGAUCCAUUCUCGAAAACCACAAAAUUACAGAGCCAGAGUUUCAGACGAAUUUCGUAAAUCCAAAGGUCUUAUUCUUGUAACGUCUGAUGUGUCUGCCCGGGGAGUAGAUUAUCCCGAUGUUACCCUUGUUAUACAGAUUGGCCUGCCAUCUGAUAGGCAGCAAUAUAUCCAUCGACUUGGUCGAACUGGGCGAAAAGGUAAAGAGGGACAAGGAAUAUUGGUGUUGGCUCCUUGGGAGGAAUUCUUCUUGUCCACAAUCAAAGAUUUACCAAUGACAAAGGCAGAUGUACCUUUGGUCGAUCCAGAGACAAAGACAAAGGUGGAGCGUGCACUCUCCCACGUUGAGAUGAAAAACAAAGAGGCUGCAUACCAGGCAUGGCUCGGCUAUUAUAAUUCCAACAAGACUGUGGGCAGGGAUAAGUGCAGACUUGUGGAGCUUGCAAACGAGUUUAGUCGGAGCAUGGGGCUUGACAACCCUCCAGCAAUUGCUAAACUCGUCAUUGGUAAGAUGGGGCUAAGAAAUAUUCCGGGCUUGCGUUCAAAGUAGGAAUAGGCUAAUACACACUGCAGAAUUAUUGAAUACUCAGGUUUUGCAAUUUUUGGUUGUUUCUACUGAAAUUAUAUGCUAUUUUAGAUUACUAGUGAUUUACAUAAUUGAUGUAUGGUUUUUAUACUUUGACUGCCAAUGUUUUUUAUGUUUGAGAUUUCGAGCUGCAAUUUGAUGAUACAAUGAUAUCAAA